AUGGUCCAAGGUGCAGUUCAGGGAAGUGUCGAGGGGGACUUGGGCUGCUACCAGGUUUGCUUCGAAGGUGACCCGAGUGCGGUGCAAACACAGGAGCGUUGGGCCUACGUGGGCGAGGGCCGCGGCUCCUACUCCCAGGAGACCAAUGUGGAAUACGUCGGUGGUGGAAAGGGCAACUUGGAGAAGCAGGUCUCAGUGUCCUACGGUGCUUGGAGGGUCCGCGUCUGCUGCAUCGGAUUGAUCGCGUUGGCCAUCCUCUCCAUCCUGGGCGUGCUCCUGUAUCACUACCUGCAUCGAGCUCCUGGUUCCAACCCAAUCGAAGAACCGGAUUGCUUCACCGGACUCCACGAUUGGCAGAACCUCUGGAACCCGUCGCAUCAGGCCUUCUGCUGCGACAAGUAUGGACGCGGAUGUCCUGACCACACGCCCCGCGACCGAGUGGUGGUCGAGCACGUGAGGGAUGUGCAUCAUCAACCGGGACACAUCUUCCAUGUGCCCGUGCCCAUGCGCCCUGAGACCCGCGUGGUCUACAAGACCCACUACGUGCAAGCUCCUCCUCAUGUCAUCGUCCAGCACGAUCCAGCACCACCACCUCCCCGGCCUGAGUUCCACUAUGACUGCAAUGCCGGUUUCUCCAACUGGUACUUUGGAUGGUCUGUGAACAAGAAGUCUUGGUGCUGUGACAACAUGAGAAUGGGAUGUCCUGGAUCUUGGCAUGGCAGCUAUCACCUUCACGUGCACAGCUUCGCUCAUGGAGUGGGACAUGCACAGGGUCGCAUCUACGACUGCAACGCGGGCUUCUCGCGUUGGAUGACCGGCUGGUCGGACUCCAAGAAGGAUUGGUGCUGCCAUCAUCAAAGCAGGGGUUGCGUGAAGUUCCAUUGCACUGCUGGGGGGGAAGACGCCUGGGCUGCAGACAAACGAUCCUGGUGCUGCGAGAACUUCCAGAAAGGCUGCCCUCACACGACUCUUUCGGCCUUGAAAUGCCAAGCGAGCUGCACUCACGCAGGGGAGACGUCCAAGUGCAUUGAUCGCAUCCAUUGGACGAAAGAGCACGUCUUUGGCAAUAAGGCCAACGGCUGCGAGUUGGCCUACAGCAAGGUGCAGGUGGAGUGUGACAUUUGCCGUGCAUGCUCCAUCCAGGAAGCGGGCUGUGAAGUCCAUGCUGUUGGUCAAGACCCCUUCGACUGCAAUGCGGCUUUGAACAAUUUCUUCCGCGCAUGGUCACCAGAGAAGAAGCAUUGGUGCUGCACCAAGCGGGGCAAAGGUUGCGAAGGCUCCAGCCCACCGAGUGUGGAUCCUGGCUUCGGCAUGAUUUGGAAGCACGUGCAGGUGAACGGCUAUUGGACCUGGCAGACUGUUCAUGCAGCUGGCGGAGUGCACACGAAGCUCCCAUAUGAUUGCCAUGCAGGGCUCAACAACUGGCAAAUCGGUUGGUCUGGUCCAAAGAAGGCAGGGGAGCUUUCAGAGCCAGUGUACAUCAUUGGUCCAUUGCUAUUAGGUUGGAGGCCAUCGCUAGCAGGUUGGAGGCCAUCGCUAGUAGGUUGGAGGCCAGGAGGCCAUCGCUCUUGGGGUGGAGGCCAUCGCUAG